AUGAUUUAAAACGAAAGAAAAAAAGCUUGAUACGCAAUGUCUGAAGAAAAGGAUCAAGAGAGAGAGUAUUUGAUCAAAUUUUUAGCGCUUGGAGACUCGGGAGUAGGAAAAACAAGUCUCUUAUAUCAGUACACAGAUGGACAGUUUAACCCGCGGUUUGUACCCACGAUAGGGAUCGACUUCAGGGAAAAAAGAGCGGUAAGCCACGUUAGACGUUAAUCAAUUCACCGAGAGAUUUAACACCAUAUAAACUUUGCCAGGGGAAACUUUAAAAAAGAGUUUGACGCGAAUCAGAUUCCCGUUGUGUCAAAUGAUUCUUAUAUGCAAAAAUUUAAAUUUAUAUUUUCUGUGGCUAUCGAAGGUUUUUUUAAAUAGCUCUUUAUUUAUCUUUAGCUUUUCUUGUCGUUUAUAUUCGCAACAACGAAUAGCCCAUUCUAUUUGUAAGAAGUGUUAAACGUGUUUUAUUUAAUAGACACAAUGGUGGUUGUUUUGAUCACUAUCUCAACCAUGUUGCGAAGAUGUAAGUGUGUCAUUUUCUUUUUGAGAACGUCGCUUCGUUAUGGAAGUCACUAAAUACCUCUCUUACACAACUAAUUUAUUUUCUUAGUAAAAUCAUUGACUUUGCGAUAUCGGAGGGAGUUGAAAGGAUACCCAUCAUGAAUUAAAGAGCAAAUGUUGGACUCUUUGGCAGGUACCUGCUUUAAAACAGUGAGAAAACAUGACAGGCAAAACAAUGUUUCAGUGAGGCUCCAAAAUAGGCGACUUUGUUGAAUGUUUUAUAGAUGAGGGUAGUUAAAGUGCUACUACGAUUAAGUAGUUACCAAAGCAAUUAGCGCGCAAGCAAUAAAUAAAACGUUCACCCAAGAUUUCCUAGGUUUCUCUAAGAGCCUGUUCACAUGAACCGCUUGUUAACCGGGCUGGCCCGGUUACCUGGAUCAAUCUCGCCUUGGAUUCUUAUGAGAAAUUUCAGCCUGGUUUCCGAGAUGAAGAAAAGGUCGACGAUAUCGGGGGACGAACUCGAGAAAGAAAGCACACAACUGGCCGAAACACACAAAUUAUAACUUUUGCGCCCAUCAUAGGUUUGGCAACUCUUAGAGUUGGAUGCUUUAUAUGAUGUGAAAAAUACAGCAGGGGUCAGCAGGCAAUGCAAGACAGGGCGGAUAAAGGUAGGGCGGUGAAACGAGCGCGUCCGAGCAAAAAGGUGCGAUGCAGUGGACUGGGACUCUGCUUAGAAAUGUCGCUUGUUUUCGACUUCGGUCAGGGCUCGCGAUGUGGUUUGUACAUUAGACACUGCCGCUGUCACUGAAUUAUGGUGGCUUGAUUUGUUUUCUUGCACUUCUUCCUCGUCCCUUUGUGCUGGUACACUGUCUCCGAGAGGCAAAUAUUGCUAUUUUUUGCGGGAGGUUUAGUUGGAGUAGACAAACAUCUCUUUCAAACUUCAAAGGGUUUCUUUUAUUACUUCCAUGACUCUACCACUGAACUAUAUUUUCGUUCUGCUACUCGCCAAUGUCGAUGUUAUUCCAAAACAAAAACAACUAAGUACUGUCUAAAACACGAAGGAAACUCUCAUCAUGUCAUCCAUGGCAAAAUUAAAAGACAGCAGAUCGUGUUUCAUAACUAGAUGACGUAUAUUUUAUAAAUGCGUGCAGCUCGUGCAAGGUGAAAUUAUGCUAAUUUCAAUCACCGACAUCAUUCUUUUUAAUUUUGAAAAAAAACAUCUCAUAUGUCUUUCUGUUUCUUCGAAACUUCAAAAUUAGUUUCCCCUCAGUUUUUACUGUCUACCUUGUUUUGUUUUAGAGAGAAAAACUGAGAAAAAACCCUACAACUAACCUCAAUAAAGUUUGUUUACAUGCGGUUGCCGGAUUUGCAACGCAUUGCGCGAAUCGCCAUGGCGCGUUGCACCCGAGAAGCAAAGUUUGAAGAAAUAAAACGCCACUAUAUCAAUAUAUAUCAAUCUAAUUUUUUGCUAUGUUAUACAAAAUUUAUCCCCCUUUAACAUAUGUAAAAAUUGAGGUUAAGAAGUGUUAAGCUUUUGCAAACGAAACGGUGAAAGACGAUUAGGUGAUAUUUAGUGGAAGGAGGAGGUAUUCAACACUUUCAAAUUAAACUCAAAUUUUGGCAUUAUACGACCAACAAGUUAAACUUAUAGACGUAUAGACACAAACAUAUUAAACUGUUUAUUGAUAUUGUUAUGAAACGAAUUUAUCUAUUUAACAUUGUAGCCUGAAAUUACAGAAAGAAAAUAGGAUUUCCGGUUUGCAAAAACGAAAAUUUCGCCGGCCUUCAAGCGCACCGGAAGCGCGGAAAGAGCGCUCGUGCCAGUCCUAUUCCGCAUCACACAUUAAAUGAAGAGCGGAGCGCUCGUUUCACCGCCCAACCUUUAUCCGCCCUGAUGCAAGACGAUGCCAUCCGGGCCGCCAGAGUUUAUCCCUCUUUCAUUCCGGUAACCGGGCUGAAGUGUUCAAAUGGCGAAAUUUCCAGCCCGCUUACUGAAGACCUCGGUUGGAAAAACCCAGAUCUCGGGAACCGAGCCAACCCGCCCUCUCAUAUAAAGAUAUCAUCGAAAAUUUUACAUAGCAACUCAGGUAAGGCUCGGAAACCCGGCUCAUGUGAAGAAGCCCUAAUAUGGAUUACAAAACCAGGCUCAUCUUCCGCAGAAAAGACUCCUCAGUCCCUUCAUUGUACCAGUUCUAACUGUUUGCUGCCCGCAAGCCGUCUUGUUACAGUGCCAUUUUCAGCCUUAGGGAUGAUCCGAUCCAUUUACAGAAAUUCAUUAUUUUUCCACACAGCGACUUAACUAGUAGGGAAACUCUUUAGUUACCACUCAUAUAUGAAACUAAAAUGUUUAGCAUCUAUCAGUUCCAUCGAUCUUGAAUUAUUCCAAAAAAGCAUUAUACGUUACUGGUUUAUGGCUUCCAGUGCCAAGAAUUAAACCUAUGAAUUUGAAAUUUAAAAACAUUUAGGAGAUGCCUGGGUUCCCAUGAAUUUUCACGGAGUCCAAAAAAUGUUACUGAUGGUUUUCCAUGACCGCUGGGACGGAACCGAAAUAUUGUUUUCCAUGCUGGGAAUUGAAACCUAGGGCUUGUGCCUACAAUAGGAACAAUGAGCCUUUCUUGGUUAAAAGGGCAUUUUUACUGCGAAAACACUUUGAAAAAGGUAGACGAUAUUCUUUCUUGAUUGUAUACCGUAUGCACGUAUCAGUUUUAUCUAAUUAGUAGAUUUUUUUGGCAAGUUUUUCUUCAAAUAUUGUUUGGCCGUGGGUGGCUUCUUUUUUUCCUAGUAUUUGGCUUAAUACUCUUGCAAAUAAGUUGUUGUGGAUGUAUGUUUUAUUUUAGAUCAAAUGAAGGUCUUUUUGAAUCCGGUUGCUAACUGGCAGCGCACCUCUCUUUAAUCAAGGUGUAACCAUCCCAAGCGUUCAGGUGAAUGGUGCGAACGGGCCAUAAACUAUUGUAAAGAGAAAGUCACGCGGUAAAGAUGAAGUAAUAACUUUCUUCUACUUUUACGUCGUUCGACUGCGGCCGACAAUUUUCCAGCUGAAAAUUAACUCGGACUUUAUCUUUGUUUUCCUCGAGAUAGUGCCUGCCAGCUGAAAUUGGCUCACCCUACCCCACCCAUAUCAAUUUGCUAAUUGCCGCCAAAUUUCCACACGUACACUGAGAAGGGUAAAUUAACCAAUCACAAACUACAACAGUUUCGGGUGCACCAAUCAGGUGAGCCGUUAGAUAAACAUCAGUUUGGACCGCAAGUUUGAAGGAAAACUCCCAGACCAAACAUGGCGGACGCCGAUUAUGACUAUCUUUUAAAGUUUUUGGCUCUCGGAGAUUCCGGCGUCGGGAAAACUAGUCUUCUAUAUCAAUAUACAGAUGGGACAUUUAAUCCGAAAUUUAUUUCUACAGUUGGAAUUGAUUUUCGAGAAAAGCGAGUGGUAAGCGAUCUUUUGUUCGACUGAUCGGGAUGUGACAAAGAAAUUCAUCCAGCUCCGUUGACAUCAGUGGAGUAGAAUUUUAUUAACUAUUAAUAUUUUUAGUUUAAGGGUGGGUAUUUGUGUUUCAUUGAAGUAAAACGCUUAGUGUUCCCUGUAGAUAUAAUUCAAAUAAUAUUUAACAAGAUGUUUUCUCGAUUUUUAUACAGUUAAUUUUAUAUUUAUGCCCUUGGGAACUACAGAGCAUAAAAACAACUCUUGUUGAACAUUAUAUCAGCGUUAAAUUUAAAAUGAAUAUUUUGAAAGUGCAUAACUUUAUUAUAACGUGCACAUUCUUGUCGAAUGUCAAAGCGAUUGUUGCUUUCGGCUCCUUCUAUUACGGUAAGAUUUGUGGUGUGUAUAAUUAAGCUUUCAUAGUCUAAGAUAAUUCGAAACUUCCAGGUUUUGUUACCAUUUAUCUGAUAUUUCGCGUCCUUUAAACUCUUGCUUUCAAUUAACAGCUGUUCUUACAAGAAGCGAACGUGGUAAUACGAGAAAAUUGUCCCUUAAAUUAUCGCUUGUGACAGCUUCCGUUACCAUUUUGCUCUUUCCCUGCUCUUUACUGUAAAAACUCCCACAAAAUACUUUUGUUUACUGUACGAAAAUAUAUUCAGUUGUCCUUUAUUGAUGACAGUGCUGUAGGCCACAAAACAAGGCUUGUAUGUUGCUGUGAUCACUUUUUAAUCAAUCCACAAUCCUUCGUAAAUGUGCUUCUGUAACUGAAGACAAAAUGGUGAGGGUUUUCCUUUGCAUAGCUUCACCAUUGCGUUACUUACAAAAUUUAAAUUGGAUUCUUAAAUCGCUCACGAAUCAGUCUCGGUCCUCCGAAAUUGAAACACAAAAACGCGGAAACCAAAAUGUCCCCACUAAUUUUUAUUUCUCUGUUGUGCAAUAAGUUUGUUCCAUCACACUGAGAGAGGUAUCAGACAACUACGUUAUUUUGACGCUUUUGGUCAGCAUAAAUCUAGAGCAGAAAUUCACCUGGCUGGUAGGAGAGUUUUUUUGAAUGGGAUCGGCCUUGCUUUAAUUUGUUUCAAAACUAAAGGAUCCUAAGGAUAUAACACCCUCAUUCUUUAAUUAACAUUGGCUAUCACCAUAACCAUAUAGUUUUUAUUUGGGAGGGAUUCAUGGCCAGUUUCUAAAGCAGGUGUUUACAAGUUUAUACCUAAAAAAUUGAGCAUGCAAAUUUAUUAUCAUUUAUUGAAUGUCUCAUAACAGGCAAUAUUUCCUUAGUGUAAUUUGCCGGAGGGUUUGUGCACAGUUUAUAGCCAAUGAUUAGUUGCUCGAUGUACCAGUUGCACAAAACCUUACUCACUAAAGUAUGGUGAUAAUAAUGAUGAUAAUAAUAAUAAUAAUAGUAAUACAAUAAUUUUAUUCAACUUUAAAAAUAUGUACAUAAUUUACAGAAAUAUUUGAAGUAAGAAUUAAGCAAUCUAUAACAUUAAGAAUUAUAUAAAUUAUUUAACAAUUAAUGAAUGAGGCUGAGUAUCUUAUGAAGAAUUAUGGAGAUGGAGGAGGGUGUUAUCCGUCGAGGCCGUAGGCCGAGGCGGAUAACACCCUCCGAGAUCUCCAUAAUUCUUCAUAUGAUACGAAAGCCGAAUUCAAUAAUUGUUUUAUUAUUGAUUCAAAAUAAUUCCUAGUUUAAAAAUAUAUCUAAAACAUGCUUACAUCCAUCAAUACAUUGAUGUUAAGUUCAUCUUCGAUAGUGCACGUUUAGGUUGUUCAGCUCCGCAAAUUAAUAUUCUCCAAAUAGCAGAUGUCGCCCUUCGGGUUGUCUUCUUGCUGUUCUUGCCAUGUUUUUAGCUAUUUUUUCGCCUAGUUCUUACUCUUGAAACAAGUGAAAUGUCCGCCAUUUUUGUUUCCAGAAUCAAACAACUCAACCUCGUGCCCAGGUCUUCUCGGUUAACAGUGCCUUAACCUGCACGAAUGCUGCAUUUUUGACGUCAUUUCCUCGUUAAACACAAAAUUCUUCCAAAUUUGGUCUUCAGUAACUGAUUAUGGUGAAUUAAACGUGUGUUUUUAGCCAAUCAGAAUCGGGGAAAUAUUUUGAAUGAAUAAUAAAAAAAUAUAAUCACUGUGUCAAUAACGAUUAACAAAUGCAUUCCUUGUGGCUCAGAUGCGAUCAAUAACUCUUGCAGGUGGUCCAGAGUUUUUAAUUAAGUCAUUACAAAAGAGAAUCAUCCGUCUCUGAUAUGAAAAAGAAACAAGUUAAAAUAAUAAUAAUGAUAAUAAAUAAAUAAACAACAUUAGAAGCAGUUAUGGUUUAAAUGGCUUAGGAUGGAGUUAUAUAAAUAUUAGAGGUGCUCGGUGCACAGUCUGCCUACAACGAAGAAAUGUAGUUAUAUUAUUCCCUUACAAAUUCAAGCUUCUUUUUUCAAGGGGUAAGAUAGAAUUUAGACGUAAAAAAGGAAGUGAAAAGUUCUAAGUCACAUGAGUGUUGUUGUGGUUACAUGUUGCGUCAAGAUUAUUGAGCCAUCUUCUUAGGAGAUAGACCUGAUUUAAAAAAUGUUGCUGCUUAAAAGGAGUACAUGUAUAUAAACCAUGACCAACGCAGCUCCAAGGCUUCAUGGGUAUGCAUUUAUUAGCAAAGAAAAUUGAAAGUUUUUUCUUGAAAAGCAUACAUUAUCCUGAUUAACUUCAGGUUAAGUUGUUGGCUUAUCACCCUCAAAAAAACUGAAAACCUUUUUAGCCUGGGUGGAAAUUGCAGCAAUGUGAGAAACUCAAUGAAAGAACCCUUUGAAUUGGCAAUGCUAUUAACUUUUACCCUUAAAUCCAGUAGGUCUCAUGGUUCAUGGUGUAUACUUUUCAAGCGACAAGGUUUUUUCAAUCAGGUGUAUAUGCAAAACGUUUUAUCUUGUUUAGUUGGUCACUACAAUAAAAUUUAUUUAAAUGGAUUGGCUAUAUAUAAUAUAGCUAGAACUUCCUCAUUCUUAUCUUUAUUUAUUUCAAUUCUCCUUUACUUCCUGCAGAUACACCAUCCUCUGACAGCAGAUGGCAGCCGUUCAACAAGAGGACAGAGAGUUCAUCUUCAACUUUGGGAUACUGCAGGCCAGGAAAGGUAGGAAAACAGGUCUAAUCCAUAACUUAACCGUAAUUUAAAAACACCACAUUCUUGACAUUCUUGACAUUCUUCUCCUCAGUUAUUAGCAGGUGCAUGGAAUACAUCCCCAUGAUAACCAACAUUUUUCCCAGUCUCUUGCACGUUUUGACAUUUAUAUUGGAGUUUUGCAGUAUUUUUGGAUGCCUCUGUCUUAGCUCAUAAUUUUGGGAUCUUUGGCAGUUAAUUUUGGGCUCUAGAAUGCUGGAAAUCACCAAAAUUUUCAGGAGGGUCAUGCCUCCAGAAUGCCCUAGAGGACGAGGCCAGAGGCCCCUGAAAGUCACAGGCACCUACUUCUAUCCUAAUAUGCACCUACUACCAAGAUUAAUGAAAUCCCUGAACUGCAGUGACCAAUUUUAUAUGUUGUUUGCUUUAACUGUUGCAGAUUUAGGAGCUUAACCACAGCAUUCUUUCGGGAUGCAAUGGGAUUCCUUCUUGUCUUUGAUCUUACACAUGAGCAAUCUUUCCUCAAUAUUAGGAACUGGUUAAAUCAGCUACAGACACAUGCUUAUUGUGAAAAUCCUGAUAUAGGUAUUAAUGUAAUAGAUUUUAUUUUAAGUCAAUAACCUUUACAUAUGAUACACAGUUCUUUAGAAUAAUUAUAUAAAAAUAUUACUUUGUUACCCUUGAUAACAAGUUAGCCACAGCCUUUGGCAUGGUGGAUUAUACAAGUUGUUUUUACCCCCCUCUCAAAUAAGCCCGCUCCCUCUUAUAAGCCCCCCCCCCUUUUCAGGGGAAAAAAGUUAAUAAACCCCCUCUCUAUUAAGCACCCCCCUCCCCUCCCCUAAAUAUUCUUCACUAAUAAAUGGUAGACUGUAUUAAUCAAUCAUGACAGUAAAACUUUGUGUGGACUGAUCUGGGAUGGUUUAUUUACCAACUGGAAGUUCAGAUUUGUUUUUGUUCUUCGGCUGCAUGACCUCCAACUUCUUGUACUCUGAGCUUUUCCACUUUGUAUUCUAGUUCUUUAUGGAGAACUGAUACCAUCAUCUUUUCUAAAUUAAAUAAACCUCCCAUCUCUAUUAAGUCACCCCUCCAAUGGGUUAGAAAUGAAUAAGCCCCCGGAGGACUUAAUGGAGGAUUUACGGUAUUUUUUGAGAAAUGAUGUGAUCAACAUGUCACAAGCAUGGGACAAAGAAAAAAUCUGAUUCCCUGACAGGAAUCGAACCUAUGUAUGACCUUCCGUACACUGGUCGGAUGCUCUAACCACUGAGCUACAAAGCACUCGUGGCAAACUGGGCCAUAUUCAAGGUUCAUGUAUGACAUGCAUCCCGCACACUGAUAGGAUCAACAAUCGAAAUUACCAUGUUUGUGAUAAGUAAAGAAAGAUGGUAAAUUUUAAGCUCGGUGAAGAAAUGAGAAAUGAUGUGAUCAACAUGUCACAAGCAGUGACAUAUAAGUAUAUACACUCAGUUAAACCUCUCCACAAUGGCCACCUUGGGGACAGAAGAAAGUGGCCGUUGUAGAGAGGUUAAAACGAGAGUGAAUGUAUGGACUGUCUACCAAAAAAGUGGUUGCUAGUGGAGGUUUGACUGUACACUUAACCCCUAAUUCCUAGUUUGUUGUUCAUGAUCAACUUUGAGUUUUAGGCAUCAAUUUUCGUCAUAGAAAUGUGGCAUUACAAAAUAAGUUUCUUCUUGCAUUUUAUGGCUUUAGAUUUGAUUUUUAGAAUGAAACAUACAUACAUAACCUUUAUUAAAGUGUCUAAUCAUUCUAGUACCUAUUGGCACUAAUUGGGGACACCUUUAAAACUAAAUUAGAAGAUUAAAAGAAACUAAUUAAAUACUAUAAAACACAUAAAAAAGCCGGAAAUUAACACUAUUCAAGCUAAGUACUCUUUUACACUUGAAAACUAAGUUCUAAAUUUACUCUUUAACACUAAACAUUAAACUUUCAGUUUUAAAGAUCUAACACUCAGUUUAGAAUUUCCUGUGAAUGGUGUAGGGGCCUUUACUCACUGCACUAACUUUGAGGAAAAAUACUGCUUGUAGAGUCCACCCAAGCUUAGUAGUAUAUUUUCUUUCCAAUAUGUAGUUCUAAUUGGUAAUAAAGCAGACCUAGAAGAUCAAAAGCAAGUAGAUGAGAAUGAAGCCAGAAGACUAGCAGAGACCUUGGGUCUGAAGUAUUUUGAGACUAGUGCAUUGAGUGGACAAAAUGUUAGUGAGUCUGUAGAAGCUCUUCUUGACCAGGUAAGAACUCAUUAAUUUACAAAAAAUAAUAUUUUAGCCCAAUACUCAGGGUUCUCAAUAGAUUUUUAAGGGAUAUCCAUAAAGUGGUAUUUGUUGUGUGAAAACAAAGCAAAGAAAAAGCUUAAACACAAAGUAAGCGGCUAUAAAUCCCAAUGUAAGCGGCGAUCAAUCGCCGGGUGCCGCCUUCUAUUGAGAACCCUGAAUACUGCAAAGAAGGGAUAUCCAGUGGUAUUUGUUGUAUAAGCUUAAUGAGCACAUGACUGUCUAUGUUGUUCUGGAGGGUGUAAGUAUCAACAAUAUAAUUUUUAACUCGACAAAGCUAUUGCCAAGGUUUCACAAGGCAAACCUUGAGUCAAUGUUUUACAUUGUUUGUUGUUGCCAUUAAACCCAUCACCAAAAGAUGUGUGUGAGACAGAUACCCAGACAAACUGAUGGAGCUGCAAGGGAGUGUAAAAGGAAACCAUGACAACUGUGUGAGUGGCAACCACCAGGCACCAUCACACUAAGAACCUUUGUGGAGAAUAUCACAGAUAUUUCCCAAAAACAUCCAGAGGGAGAGGAGGGUUGGGAUCAAAAACAGCUUAAAACAACUCCACGCAUUUAGGCAACCUGAGGGAAAUGAUAGUUCUAAGCAAUACACUGUAAAAUUACUGCAAAUGCCCAAAUGUGACCCUUUAUUAUAUCCACUUUGAAGUCACUGGUGAUCCCUGCAAUCUGAUUGGCUCUCAACAAUGUGAUUUAUUCACAAAUCACUAUUUUUUCCUCUAAAUCACAUCUGUUCUAAAUCGCAUCAUUUUUGUCCGAAAUUGCAUCAUUUCUGUUUUAAAUUGCACCAUUUUUGCUCUAUAACUAUAUCGCAUCAUUUCUGAUUCGGAUACAAAAUGAGAUGAAAAGCCUUUUUUUUCCGCUUUUCAACAAACUGGCUCCUUGAUCAAUAAAAUAUUUGUACUGACUGAAUUUUGUGAUUUCAAAAUGGCUGUAAUAAAGUGGUAAUUGAAUUGAGUGGAGUGCAAUAAAUUGUGGUCUAAAAUCGUACUUGUUAUUUCAAAUCGAACUCAUGAUGCGCGCUCAUCUGAUUUUGAAAUCCCCUGUAUGAUUUCAGACCAAAUUGCACUCCACUCAGUUCAAUUACCAUUAUUAAUUUUAUACUACUACAUGAAGAAUUUCUGCAAAUUGAUUGGCUUAGAGCAGUGGCAUUUCAGCUUAAUUUGAAAUAUCUACAUGUGAAAAUUACAAACCUUUCACGGGUAGUAGUAUAAACAAAUUAUAGCAUGAUUUUUACGUGAUAUUUGGCAUAAAUACCACUCAUGACAUUUCAAAAUUGUCUCAAACAUCACUCGCCAAACCGCUCGUGAAAUUACGUAUAAUAAUUUCAAAUUAUAACCAGUAUAAUUUUAAUGAAGUUAAAUAAAUAUUUAUUUAACACAGUUAACAACAAGGAGCGCGGUCAGCCUUGCUUGUAUCACCUACAUGUGCUCAGUACAGUGUUUUCCUGGUGGCCAUUCUCUUCAUUUAUGUUUGGAUCAUUCUUUUACCCCCAUCCCUCCCGCUUUAUUCUUCCACUGUUAAAUCAGUGUGACAGGUGCCUGGUUCCAUUGGAAUGGGGGCUUAUGGCUGGAGGGCGCGGGUUUGCCAGCCAUAGGGCCGUAACUCUGUCUGGGGGCUGGCUGUGCCAAAGGUGGAAGCCCCUGGACAUCCCGGGCACCCACCUCCACCAAGCAACACAGUGGUUAAUGCCAAAUAUGACCACAAAUCAUGCUAUUACCUAUACAUAUAUAUUGUCAGUCUCAUGUUUGAACCUCGCCUAAAUUUCAUUCAGCCACAUUUUAGUUGGAAGUUUCAGUUACAACUGCUUGACAAUAAUAUUAUGGUAUGCAUUCUGGUCCUUCCAAAUCUUACAUCUUUCAGAAGAUCAAAUGCUUCAGUUUUCAAAGAAAGUCAGUUUUACAGCUUGCAAUUCAGCAAGCUGUAGCUAGCAUGUACUAGCUCAAAAGUCAUUUCAACUAGCCCCAAAAAAAUUUUUGAUGAGCAUUGAUUACAGUUCUUCUGUAAUUUGAAUUCCCUCAAAAAAACUUAAUUUGCCCAUCGGGCAAGUUAAGAAUAGAAAUUACUAGCCCGAUAGCAAAGUCUACUAGCCCCAGGCUAUUGGACACCACUUUCUUUGCAAGCUGUACUUUUUAGAAGUAAUCUUUACAUGUUGUCCAAGAUAAAUUCAGGAUUGGUGGUAAUUAUUAGUGAUCUUACACAAAAGGACAGUGGAGACAAGAAGACAGCAAAUCUUGUGUGACAAGCUUGACAAUAAUUAUGUUUGAAAAAAUUUUUGCCAAACUUCACAUUCCUUUAAACAGAUCGUUUUGUGAAAGACAUGAACACAGUAAUGUUAAAUGAAGAUCAAGAUGAAACUUGCAAUAAAAUAAUAGCCCUGUCACGUUUUUGUCACACACAAACAUUAAUUUGCCAUCCUCUAAUCCUUCAGCCGUCGGUCGUGUUGCAGAAGCUCCCUAACAUCAUGCAUUUGCAUUAACGAAUUGAUACUUCAAUCUUGGAAGUGGUUCUCUUUAGUGACAAUAUUUAUGUGAACCCUCAUAAUAUUAUUAUAACAUAUAUAUUAAGUUUGCAAUACCCUAUUUCUCUUGCAGGUCAUGAAAAGAAUGGAAAACUGUGUUGAUAAAGCAACACUACCCAAUAAUGUGUUUAACAACAAUCCAAACAGAGGCCCAAGGUUGUGUGAAGUAGAUGAAGCGAAUGAUGAAUCACAGGGGGGUUGUUCAUGUUGAAGGCACUGAUGAUACCUCCAGGAUAAAAUCCUUUUUAGUUACAAACCAUGGGCAUGGGCCAAAAUGACAAUUUCCAGGCAGUUACUCCCCUGGCUGGCUGUAGCUUUAAAGUUUUGCGUUUGGCUUGUCAAAUGAUAAAUGAUAAAUAACAAAUAUGCCAGGGAGAGAAUACUACUGCCUGGUGCAUGCAUUGGGUUCAUAGCACAUGUCGGUUUUCCUGAUCAUGAAAUAAUAAUUGUUAUGACAAUGUAUAACCAGGGCUGUUACUGAGUAACCUGCGAGCAGAGCUUUCUUUCUGGCAUGCCUUUUUAAUAUUUACAAAUUCAUUCACGUGGCUUUUCAAUCAAGUAGUUGGUUUCUUUUUGUUUCUCUCGGGACAUCAACAAACCAUACAUAGUAGAAAAAGUCUUUCUAUUAUCCAUGAACAAACCAUCUACAUGACUGACAAGCCUUGCGAAUGACUUUACAAAUGCUAAAAGCCAAGCCAGAAAGAAACUUCUGCUCACAUGGUAGUCACUAAGAUGUCAAACUGCUUGAUUUAUGUGAUUAGUUGGCAGGGAAUUGAACAGUUGGGAAAUUCUUUUUGUUCGUUUUCCUCUUAUUUCCUAUUACAGUCAAAGCAAGUCAAGCGUUCCUUUCGCUUAAACGAACUAAUGAAUUCAUUAAUGGUAAAAUGAUUUUGUUUGUUGAUUCAAUAAUCCAGUCAUAAAAUGAACAAUCCAACAUUCAUAUUCAGCCUCGAUUCAAUAGUUAAAUGUUGAUUCAAUUACUGUUUUUUUGAAAAACUGCUCUUUCCACAAGUUGACCUCAGAAUUUUGUUUUUUCUUCUUUUUUUCUAAGAGUGGAGUGCAGGUGAAAAAUGAAGUUCAAUCCGAAACAAACUGUUACGUGUGCACCAUUUUGCUGCCAGUAAUCAGUGCAACAGACCUGACCCCUUAGAAAACAUGAUGAUCAAACUGAGGUCAGUGUAUGUGCGGUGGUUGGUGGAUUUCGAUCCUCGGCCUCUGUCAGUUUCUUUGCGUUUGCAGUCUGUCUAUUCUAGCUGUUAGAUUAAAGGCAAUGAAAAAUGCAAUCAUAAACGGUAGGAAAAGCAAAAAAGCAAAUACGAUUGAACGCAACGGACAAGAAUAAAGAACAGGUAGAUUUGGUUCAUAAACCAAAUCAACAUUUAAUUAUUGAAUCAAGGUCCAAUUUGACCAUUAUUCAUUUUAUGAAUGGAUUAUUGAAUCGACAAACCAGAUCAUUUUUCCAUUCAUUAAUUUAUUAGUCCACUAGCGACAGAAAUGCUUAACAUGCUUUGACUGUAAAGUAGCAGAGGCUCAUACUAGUCUUAUUGUAGCUGGGGCAAAUCUCCCAGCGCUUAUUGACAGCCCUGUCUAACAUGACUUUUUUGUAACAUUUUACUUAUAAAUAUGUUACUGAUGCUAGGAAUGUUUAUCAGUCAGUGUCUGUGUAUCCACGGAGAGUCAAAUUAUCACUUUUGUUUAGUGAAACGAUAGAGUAAGUUAUUUCAAUAAAUUAAACAAGAGUCAUUGUUUGAGCUAAAGUGGUACUUGGGGCUCCAGAAUCACAAAUUGUUGAAGAGGUAUUGUGAAAUGAAUGGAAUUAAAAAUACAUGAUAAGUAUUAUGCGUUAUUUAUCGGACAGGAUUGGAUUGUCAAAAAUUUAGUGUCAAAUGAUGGAUAUCAAGAUAAUUGAAAGUAACAAAAAACAUAUUUCCAACAACUAAGUAGAAACUCAGUACUCCUUCCAUUAGAGGCGAAACUUAAUCAGCUGAAAUUUUCUUGCAAAAAAUCAUAGUAAGUCCCUGUUCUGUAGCCCGGAGAAAACAACCAACGUUUCACGUCACCAUCUUUUUUUUUUCCUGUGAAUAAACCAGUGAUAGCAUUGCAAAUUAUCGCCUUUUUUCUUAGGCUACCUGGAAAGUCAUGGAAUUAAAAAAUUUCGUUUUCAAGGCCUGGAAAGUCAUGGAAUUUCAUUUUCGGCCCUUGAAAGUCAUGGAAAAUUAAAGUUUUGUUUGGUUCAAUAGUUUAAUACUGCAGGUGACAAAGCUAGGAUAAUGUAAGAAGAAAAGAGGAGUAAUUAAACCACACGAACGGCACGCACUUUGGUGAAUACCAGAGUUUGUUUCUGUAGAAACUGUUUCACUAACGUAAAAAAAUAUGCUAAAACAAGUAAAGUUUUGAAAUUUUGGAAAGUGACAGCUAAACCUAAGGUCAUGGAAAAAGUCAUGAAAUUUGAAGAACUCGGAAGAGUACAAACCCUGUACCUGUCGGCAGUAGUGGUCAGUUUUGGCUAAGUCCUGUUUUUAGUUGUUUUAAAAGAAAGCCAAAUCCCCUAGGAGACUCUUCACUUCUUGAUCAUGGCGUUAUCUUUGUAAAGAGUAAAAAAAAUGAUACAAUAGAAACAGUAUGUUAAUUACAAUUAUGUCUUUCAUAUUAAAAAAAUGGUGUUUUAUCAAUUUUGUGUUUCAGUCAUGAAAUACACACUUCUGUGUGGUUUCAUGUACUGCUUUCUGGUUGUAUGUUUUGCGGAUGCAACAACGAAAGUAAAGACAACCUUCUGGCCCCCAGUUGUUUAAAAGUUAUAAUGUUUUCCACUGGAUAAAUCACUAUUCACUGGAAAAUGCAAUUAUUACAUUUCCCAAUUCUGCUGUUUAGUGAUUUAUACAGUGAACAAUAUUAAACAAGUGGGUCCUGGUAUCCUGGAUAUCAAGAUAUCAGCUGUUUGAAUAUUUGAGAAUCAUCAUUGUAGGGCUGGGGGAGGGGAGCAGACAUCUGGAGAUAAAUUUUAGCUUUUUUUAUAUUUUGGAAUUAUUUAUUAUUUGACAAAAAGCAUUCUGCCGUAAGAUAUAGGCUGUUCGUUAACUGAGGUAAAAGAAAUUCAGUUAGACGAAAACUUGUUUAAAGAUUUUUGAAGAUGCUCUACAGAUUAAGUGAUAUUUGAGGUUCUUUUAGGCCAAAUAUAUGUGGACUGUAAUAGGAUCUUCCCUGCUAUCAGAGGCCUCUUUUCCCUGGUAUUCGGCGGGCAAUCUCUUUUUCUCCCGUCCGCCGAAUACCAGGGAAAAUAGGAUCUUUCAGUUGCAUUUCAGCAUGGUUUGCUAGUGGUGGGUCCACUUUCUAUAACCGACGACGCGCUUUGCAGUAUUAACUAACUCUCAUUACCUUGAUAAUUUAGAAAAAGCUUAUAGAUAAUCUGUAAUAUUUUAAAUUUGUAAUUAGGUAUUAAGUUAAACUAUUUAUAUUACCAUCUCUCCAUUUACGAUGGUUUAUUCCAUUUCGUACAAAGGAAAAAAAGACAUUGAAAUUAAAGUGUUCAGUCGAUAGAGUGGUGCAAACUAUUGACUCUUCUAUUUAUAUCUACUUAGUCGUUGCGUAAGAAAUGUUUGGAAGAGGCGCUAUUGCCAAGAGGCAAUAAUAAUAUAGAGCGCACGGAAUUAUCCUUUUUGCACCGAAGUCUAAUAAGUGAGCGCAAAUUUAAAUGACGUCAUAGCCAUUCCACUGCCAGUCUGUAGAGAGCUUGGUAGCGACAACUUAACUAUUAAUCUUACAAUGAAUUUGCGUUUAUUCCAGUUCACUUUAACAUGUUACUUCGGAUAUGUUAUUUGCCCAACAUUGCUGUUAAUUUUACAGGGGCUUAGAAAAGGGGAUCAAUUUUGCCGGAACGAAAUAUUGGGCAAAUAAAAUACCCAACCAUAGUCGUCCGAUAAGCCAUGCAUUUACUUUCGGCAGUCACUAUAUUCUACAUUACUGAUAUAGAUCUACAUCACGAUCCGGCUUCUCUUUGGUGCUUUUUGUCCAAGUGCUCCUUGCAAGAUUUUACACUUCCCUGAUUUAAAAUCUUAAAUGUAUGUCUUCUCAGCAGUCAUGUCUGGGGAGCACCCAAGUUUGGAAGGAAGAAGUAAAAUUAGUUAGUCAUCGUGUCAAGUUGCGUCUUCCAGAAAACGCCGAACGUCCCAUGGAAAUUUCACGUCGCAGUCAUACCUUGACGGUAAUGAAAUGUACCAAACAGCGUGAUGUACUUGCAGAGCUGUUGUUUUACUUAUUAAACCCACUAAUUCUUUUUUUAAGUGUUGCGGAUCAAGAGGAAGGAUCCCUGGAUGUCUGAAUCCCUGCAACGAACCCAUUACCAAGCUCAUCCUCAGGGUUGAGAGCAAGGACUCGGCUUUAGUGUGACAAUCAGUGAUCGCUUCCGGGAAUUCUACUCUUCAAUAAAAUCCUGGAUCUAGAAACGGCAAAACUCCAUGAAAAUCACUUUCUCGAUUUGUAGUUUGUGCGCAAAACGGAAAGCUACGAAAAAUAGGGUACCUGUUUUUGUCGAAUUCACUUGCUUUACAGGGUUCGUACAGGUCGUGGAAAACCUGGAAAGUCAUAAAGUUUAAGAAUUUCAUUUUCCAGGCCUUGAAAGUCAUGGAAAUUAAUUGUUGGUCAUGGAAAGUCAUGAAAAAUUGAAGUUGUGAUUGUUACAUUAGUUACUACAGACGUCAAAACAAGGCCGGACAAAGUAAGAUAGAGAGAGGUAAUUGAACAGUUCAAGUGGCACACAUUUUGGUGGACGCCAAUUUGUAAUUAAUCUGUUGUACUAUGAAUCAGGUCAAAAACUGCCCUAAAACACAAACAAGGAUAGUUUUGUAAGUUUUUGAAAGUGACAGCUAUACCUAAAGUCAUUGAAAACUGGAAAAGGUAAUGGAGAAAGUCAUGGAAUUUAAAGAGAUAAAAAGAGAACGAACCCUGCUUCAGGAAACUUGAAAUUAGUGCCAAAUUUUUUUUAGAUAAGAUGGAGUAUUUUUAGGAUUUCACUCCUCUAUUGCUCAAGUCAAUUAACUCCUAGUUAUUGUUGAAUUUCUCUUAUCGCGAAAAAGUCAAAGGGAGGAGAAGGGAGAAGCAAAAAGACGGGAGAUAUCUAAAAUCUCCUCUCCCCUAUUAAACCCUACAAAGGAAGGCUUAAUACUCAGGCUAGAUUCAGUUCGGCUUUUUGCCGUCAAACCUUGCUCCACUUGAAAUCUUGACGUUUAAGAAUCAAAUAGCUCAAUGGAGUAGUCACCCAAUCAGCUCAAUCCCCCCCUCCACCCCCUGCUAAACCCUCAACAAUGCCUCACCGACUUUCGCGUGGGUUUUACGAGCCCGUGUUUCUAGUUAGAUUUUGAAAUUUUUCAGAUUAAUUGUUCCAAGAAGAGUUCCAAGAUUUGACGACGCGACAACGACGCGACGUUUCGCGACGAGUAUGUUGGUCUCUAGAAUCCAGUUCUCUUGUUCUCAAACGAACGUUCCUCAAGGCCUGGCUGCAUGACCGUGUCAUUGCAUUUCACGAGGAGACUAACUUCCUACAAAAACUUCCGAACUUGGAUAUGUUUAACGUUUUUCUAUAAGCUCAUAGUCCACAAAUUAACAGUCAAACAAUGACGUUUUCUCCGGGUGAUUUAAUAUGGGCAAAGAUGCGUGGAUACCCUCAUUGGCCCGCCCGGGUAAGAACGCUAACAGCUUCAUCCCUUGAAGUGAACUAUCAUUAAUUGAUUUACUAAGUAUUAUUCUUCCUUGAUUCAGAUUGAUCUUCCUGCACCAGAUGAGAAGAUUCCACCCAAAAAGUUUGCAAUAUUUUUCUUUGGAACACAUGAAACGUAAGUGCUUGUUUUUGUUAAAGCUGUCCUCACAAAUUAUACAGAGUGCAGUCUUCUCGAAUGCAGAUGUGGCUGGCAAUUUGGCACGUCAAAAAAGUGUGCUUAUACAAGGUUUACCAAGAUAAGAAGACUUACAGGAGGUUUAUCGUCUAGCACAAGCAUUACUUAGAGUUUUGAUCCCUUUUAAGGAGUCAUAUUAGUGGGAAGUAAAUCACACAAGCUUGCAUGGUUGAGUGUCUUGACAUGCCAACCAUUUUAACAGCUGUGAGCAGUCGAAGGUAUCCAUGCAAACUUUGAUAUUGUGAAAUUUGGGUUACCAAUUAUACAGAAACACUUGUAUGCCAUUUCCCAGACGCUAUGUAAGCAAAGCACAUCCUCUUAAACAUUUAGCAACAAAAGACCCCUCCCGCUUGCAAAGGGACGAAAAAGAUCCUCUUCCCCAAGACAAUGUUGUUCUUUGUUGACCAAGGUGUAAUGUAAUGAUAUUGGGCAGGUAUUGUAGAAAAAUAAUUUGACAUAAUAAACAAUUAUUGAAUGAGGCUGAGUAUCAUCUGAAGAAUUAUGGAUAACACCCUCCUCGAUCUCCAUAAUUUUUCAGAUCAUACGAAAGCCGAAUUCAACAAUUGUCUUACUAUUCAUUCAAAAUAAUUCCUAGUGUAAAAACAAGCAGAAACAUGCUUUCCUCCAUCGAGGUAACGUUCAUCUUCAAUAGCGCACGUUAAUCAGCAGGUUUAGGAGCUAAAGGGUUGUUCCGCUCGGCAAGUAUUCUCCAAAUAGCAGAUGUCACACAUUGAGUUGCCUUCUUGCCAUUCAUGCUAUGUUAUUUGCCAAAAGUUCACCUAUUUAUUGCUGGUGAAAUGAGUGAAAUGUCUGCCAUUUCUUUUUCUCACUAUCAACAACUCAACCUCGUCCGCAGGUCUUCUCAGUUAACAGUUCAAUAAUCUGCAACUUUGCUGCACUUUUGAUGUCAUCGGUUCAAUAUGGCAAAUUUCUUCCAAAUUUGGUCGACAAUAGCUGGUUAUGAUGAAUUAUGUGUGGUAUUUUAGCCAAUCAGAAAUGGAGAAAUAUUUUGAAUGAAUAUUAAUGUGUAUUAUUGAGUAAGGUCUUUGAAUUGCCUUUAUUCUACAAAAUUGAAUGAGGUGAUUGAGAGGAGGUACUGUGGCAAGACAUUGACCAGGAUUGUGAAAUGAAAGGGAUGCUUAACUUUGUAGCAAUGAAGUAGAGAUCUGGGAAUUUGUUUUGCAUCUGUUGAAGGUGGUUAAUCAAGUGUUUGUCUUUCCUGUUUAAAGACUGUCUAUAAGAAGGGAUAAAUAAAUAACCUUGCUUUCAGUGAGUUGUUUGCAUAGCAUUCUUGUAUGCAAAAUAUGGAUUAGAACGUUAAAGAAAGCCAAGUGCAUUAUACAUAACCAUGGUGCAAGAAAAGUUAGUUCUUUGUAAGAAGUUGAGAAUGUUACUUUGCAAAUCUCAGUUGGGAAAAGAACUGAAGCAAGUUUUAGGCUGCUGGUAAGCUCUGAGCAGCUCAGUAGCCAAAGCCAAUGAGUAGUCAUUGAUUUACAUUUUAAAGCUUUCAUUGAUGGGUGAAAGAAGAAUAUUGAUACUUAAGUUGCUAUACAAGAAAGGGGUCACAAAGCAAAAUGCUUUGUAAAUGUAGUUUUUUUGCAUACCGGUAUAGAACUGUACAAUACAGUUAUAAUUUUUUCAAUAAUUAUUAUGAUUUAGUACUGGCAAAUUAAUUCCAAGUCAUUGGGACAAUGAUGUACAUGUAUCAUUAGUUGAAAAAUGCCACUUACCAAAGUCUUGUAUUUUUCAAGCACUUAUAAAGCAUGACUUGUGUUUAACCUAGAAAUUGAUGAGUUAAGUAUGUUAUGGAAUAGUUUCAGUUAAAAAGAUCGGCAUUUUCACACAGCUCGCAAUAAGAAGGGAACAAGGGUUCCUUUGCAUUGCUUUAAUUAAAAGAACUAGUUGAUGAUGAUGUUGUAGAAAAGUCUUCGACACAAAAUCUUUGUACCCAUGGUUCAUUCCCCAAAUUUCCUCAAACACAAAAUUUUUCAGUACCCAGUACUAAUACCAAAAGCAAUCAAUGCAUUCCUAGAUUUAUGUAUGUAUUAAAUAAAUAGUAUCCAAGACAGUGUUUCUUUAAGACAAUAUUAUGUUAGUAGGUUAUCUGCAAUCCUUAUCAUUGUAAAUAUUGAUAAAAUAUACUGAGAGUAAAUUGUACAAGCGUCACAAUUGUUUUAGGCCUAGUUCAGAUGUCAAUCUUUUGAUGAGCCAAACCCAUUCAAAUUAAGGCUGAGAGAAAUUAUUUAACUGGCUGAACUGAUUUAGAUGCUGCUCAAAUUCCAGCUAAACUUAAUUCAAAAGGAGGAUAAUGCUCAUUUUGGUCAAACUACUUGAAAAAUACAUUGUCAUAAUUUAUGCAUUAGGUUCAGCAAAUGAAAAGUUUCAUGUCUGAAUCAAAGCCAUUCCAGAGUCAUUCCAAAGUCAAAAUUCCUGGCUGGAUUAGGUGGGAAGAAUGGCUGAGCUGUCUGAAAUUGAAACAGGCAUUGAUUCAGAUGCCAAACUAUUCAAGUACUUAAUUCAAUGUAUUAGGUCUGGUUCAUGAAGAGUUUGGCGUUUGAACCAGGCCUUACAGUCUGAAAACAACAGCUGCACUUGUAACUUGUAAAAUUUUAUUAAAUUGACCUCAGGACCUUGACCCAUCCAGUUCUUUCCAUUUACAAGUGUGAUUCCUCAACCACUCUUGAAACAGUGAAGUUGUAAAAUGUUGUGGGGUACAUAAUGUUUUCUGUUAGCAUUCUAGUGGACCUUUAUACCUUAGUCGUAGAUAAAGUUCUCAUUGUAAUCAAUGCAAAUAUUGAUGACUUUUUCAUUUUCUUUAUUUUAUAAAUUUUAACAAUUUUUAGAGCGGUUAUGCAAGCCAAAGACUUAUUUCCCUAUGAGAAGAACAAAGAGAAGUUUUCAAAGAACUCCAACCGUUCACGUAGGGGAUUUAAAGAGGCAUUGGUGGAAAUUGUGGAGAACCCAAAGGUGAGGUGGGGAAUGAGGGGACAAGAAGAGGAUGAAGAGGAUGAAGAAGAUGAAGAUGAUGAAGAUGAUGAAGAAGAAGAGGACGAGGAAGAAGAAAACAAAGAUGAUUCAGAGGAAGAACAAGAAUCUGAAGAGGAGGAACAAAAAGCUGACAAGAAAUCAAAACAAUCGAAACAAAAUCAGGUAUGAAAGAAUGAGUGAGUGACUUAGUGUAUGAGUGGGUGAGAGUGCCUGUGAGGGAAUAAAGGCACCUGCUCAGAUCAACGAGUAUGUGAAGUGAGAUUAAACUUUUCCACAGAGACGAGCGUGGGGGGAGGAACAUGUACCUGUGAGGCCAGUGGAGCCACAGACUGCAGCCGAAUGAAUUGUGUAACCUUGACAACCCUGGGAGUGGCAUCCACCCAGUCCUAAAUUUCAUUAAUUUGGCCGCCUUGAAUAAAUGAUUCAGUGAGUGAAAGUGAGUCUGAUCUUGGAGGACUAAGUUGAUCAUGACAUUUGUCCUGGUGUAAAGUUAUUUAUUCAAUCAAACAAGAACAGGUCUUAUUUUGCAAGGUAUAGAGAAGCACAAAUGUCUGAAUGUCAGUAAACUUCAAAUUUUAUGUUGAGGAUUUGUUCUAAAACACCUAGAGAUGGAGCUUUAUAAUGUGCAGAGAUCAAACAUAGUCUGGAUGUAACUGUACCCAGGAAAGGAGCUGUGAAAGGAGCUUUGAAUGAGCAAUUGGUAUUGAAGGCUAGAGCUCAUUAUGUCAGUCACACUAUGAUAGGCACUAAUUAAUCCACGACUUGCAAAAUUAAUUGGGCUUGUACACUUUGAUAAAAAAUCAUCCUUUUAUUUAGUAAGAGCCUCAUGAAGAUUUCUGUGCAUGUGUUUUUCAGAAAGAGAAAUCCACAAAACAAAAAAAGCAGCCUGUGUCUGAUAAGAAGGUUAGCUUUGAUGUAGUGUUUUAAAAACCAUUGAAAAUCCUGCCAUGAAUGUCACCUAAGUUGGAAUUAAUCAGUAAUGCAAUUUCAACAAGUAUAACUGUGAAAAUGCAUUUUUGCACUAAGGGUUUUUUGUUCCAAUAACAGCUUUUUUGGUGGUUAGCUAACAUGUUAAUAUCCGAAAGUGGGGUUCCCUGUAUUUUCUUGAGAAAAGGGUUAUCUCUGCAGAUUUGCAAUCUGUACAUUCUAAUGUUUAUUUACUUGAAUGCUCAUAAACACAAUUCAUGAUUGAAAUAUGCUUUAUUUUGCUCAUUAUUUUUUGUAAAUCCUGUUCUAUGUUUUUGUUCUUUUUAAAUGCAGUUGUUCUGAUAGCCAAAUGUUUAACUUUGAUUUGCCUCAACAUUGCACACUAGGAAAUUGCAAAUUACUUAUUAUUAUUAUUACUUAUUAUAAUGAAUUUUUUUCAGGAAAAAGUCAGCAAGGAUAAAGGAAAGAAAACAGAAAGUCAAAAGAAAAAGCGAGAGAAGUCAGAGUCACCUGAAAAGGUUUGUGGAUUACUAUGUGUAGUAGAGGAGACUGGUUCUGAAAGUUGGCAAACAUCAAAGUUGAAAACAAUGGUGCUGUAGUUUAUGUUGGAAGCUCCCUGACCAUGCACAAUCCUUUGGUUUUUGUUCACAAAUUGUGACUGAAUAAAUUAAUGUUAGGUUUCUCUUGGUCAGUAAGUUCAAAAUGGUAGGAAAAAUGAUGCUAUUGAAUGCAGUGCACGGUCAAGGAUAAAAACGCUAACAAAAAUGUAUAACAAAGAAGUCUUUCGGGCUUCAUAACCAUCCCACUUUAUUAACUAUGACUAGUAGACUGUGUUUGCUAUUAUGCCUCACUACCCCACUGCAACUCAAUUUUAUUUUGAUUUACUUCCCUGUUUGUAAUGUAUGAAAUACUGCAGUGUCUAAUAGGAAAUUAGGCAGAAAUGUUUAGGAGGUCACAUUAGGUUGCAAGAAAGAUCUAUUAUGUAGCAAAUUAGGCAUUCUCUUAAAUCCAAAUGUAGAUUGCUGUUUCCCAAUCAUAGAACUCAUGUGUACAGUCAUGUGAGUAACCACUGACAAUAUUAGAAACUUCAGAUGCUCUGCAGUAAAAUUGUUUUCAAAACAGAACUGCCUUUAAAUUUGUUAUUUUGGUCAGAUGAUGAAUCUUAAAUUAAAGGGAAAAUAACUUCAUUGCCCCGCUCCCUUUUUUGUGCCAUAAUUGUACCCCAACAAACUUUCCUGGCUUCAAGAAUAAGAAUUUCUAAUAAAACUUUGUUUUGAUUUUCUGUUGGUAUACAUUGCAGUAUGGUGGAUUCUCAAGUUUUAUUUUUAUCACACGGUGUUUGGUUAGUUUUUUCCUUCUUGGUAGUGUGAUUGGUACUCCAUUACAGGGUUUGUUCCAUCCUUGACAACAUUUUGAACUUGUUUUAUAAUCCAUCAUUCAUUUGAAUCCUUGCUUUUUUCAUAAGUAGAGUUCUUCUGAAGAAACACCAGAUGAAGAAAGCUCAGAAGAUGACAAACAAGAAGUAUGUUAUAAAAAGUUUUUAUCAACUGCUUUAAUAGGAAUCCAUUCUCCAAACUGCACCAGAGUGAAUGCAGUCUAUGCUUGAAACACUCUAAAACAAUAUACGGUCAACUCUGUCGAAGGUGACCACCCGUGGUGCACAACAAAGUGAUUGCUUAAGGGAGGUGGUCGUCUACAGGAGAAGUCAAGGAAAUAUGCUCAAACUGAACUGUAUAAUGUUAUUACAUAAAGUUAUUGCCUUACAAGCUAAAAUUAGGGAAAUAGAUAACUGACAAUUAAUAGAGCAUCAAACUGUAGAAACUUUGUACAUAGCAUUUUGCAUCUACAGAUCAUACCACAGCAGUGUCUUUUGUACGUCAACUGCCAUAACCUGUCAGCAAGCUUGGUCAUGGCUAUUAAAAACUGAACUUGUUUUGACAUUUGAGCAAUGACGUUUUUACAACAAUCAUACAUGAUCAUGCCAGGUGGUUGCUUACCGGAAACCAAAGCAAAACAGUGUGUCAAAUCCUGGCCUUAAAAGAGGUCGCAGGCACUUAAAAUAUCUGAGAAGUGAACACUUACAAGAGAGUUUUUGAAACAGUAUUUAACUGAGAAAGAAAACGGUGAUUUACAAAAUGGUCACUUCUGAGGUGGUCGCUUAGAGAAGUGGUCACUUUAAGAGAGUUGUCUGUAUUGAAGUCCGCAAUCUACGUUCCAUUGGCUUGGAACAUAGUUUUAUUGGUUAAGGAUGACUGUAGAUGAAUGAGGGUGUAACUUGUGCAGUAGAAGUCAUGUUUGAAAUACAUAUCUAUGUCACAGAGCAGUUUCUUUAAACAGGCCAGGGAUACAUGCCUCAAUCAUCCCAUCCGAUAGCAUUAUGGUGUACCUUCUCUACAAAGCAAAGUGAAUGCCCAGCAAAAAAAAUGAGGGAAAGAGAAAUUUAAAAAAAAUAAAUAUAAAAGACAAGUUUGCACCGUCUUGCUGUGUUUGCAUCAUUCUUGAGACAUAAAAAUGCUUGACAGACAGAAGUUGAAAUGUUUUUUUUUAAGGGAUUGAGAAUCAAAUUACAAUAAUUUUUAUAGUGAAUAUGCCAGAUUCAAUGUCGGCAGGUUCACUCACAACAAAAAAAUUGUGCAAAAUAGAAAUUUAUAACAGAACUUAAUUAUAAUAAUUUUGUUAAAAAUAGUAUUUUUAGAUUUGUUAUAAAAUUGAUUCGAGGAUGAUUUCUUGUUUCCAUUUUGUUCAGGAGGAAUACAAACCAGCACCCAAAAAAAGAACAUCUACUGAUUCAGCAGCAAGUAAAAGGAAAUCUUCUAAGGCUGUUAGUGAUACCAGUAGCAGCAGUGAAGAAGAUCAAGUGGAAGAAAACGUAAGACAAGUCCCUGUGUAGGGCAUUUCUUGUAUAAAAUUUUAAGGUUUGAGUCACAAGUGUUUACUGAGUUGAUUUCAUUUCUUUCUUUCUUUUUUUUUUCUUUUGCUUGAAACAAAAAUAAUAUUAUUACAAAAAUAAUUACAAAUACAAGCUCUUUUAACUAUUUAAGCUAUUUUCUAUUUUCACAGUGGGCUGAAAGGAAAAACUAAAUUAAUAAAAGAAAGGAAAGAAAAAAAACUAAAUUAAAAGAAGUUGAUUUCAUUUCAGUGACAUUGUGACAUAUGCCAGUUGUUGCAUGUAAACUACAGCCUUGACUCCUAAAGUAUGGUUAAUGAUGUAACGUUUGUUCUUCUUCGCUGCAGUGAUGAAAUUACAUUGCCCUCUAAAUUAUAACAAAAUGUUGUUGAAGCAAGGCUGACAUCAGUUUUAGAGACAAUCAAUUUUAAAAAUAUUAAAAGCAAGUCAGCCUUUUAGCUUAAGAAAUAAUGUCAGGACAGCUUUGAAAGAUACUUUGUUUUUGUUCCGCCCUUAUUUGCUGACUACUCAUGCUCAAACAAGCUUGACGGAUGUUACAUUAUCAUUCUAGUUGUUUCCUUUCUUUUGUCAAUAUGCAAAUAUCCUAAGUUUGACUGGCUCAAAAAUCAUGCACAGAGAACCCAUUAGUGGUCUAUCUUUGUUAUAACCAUAAGUUUAUGCAGCUGUUUUGGCUUGUCUUAUUGUAUUUAAAAAAAUGGUAUUUCUAUGCCUCAUGAAUCUCUGAAAAACAAUCAAGUAUAAUGUUAAAGUUUUAUUCUUUUAUCAUUACACUCAGCUUUUGGUAGUUAUUUUUUCAUUUUCACAGAACACAAUCAGCAUGCAAAGAAAGUCAUGUCUGAUAGCCUGGGGCUAAUGGAUUUUGCUAUUGGGCUAGUGAUUUUUGUUCUUAACUUGUCCGUCAGGCAAGUGCUGUUUUCUGGAAUCAAUCCUGCCAAUCAAACAGGGUUUUAUGGCUAGUUGAAAUGACUUGUAGGCUAGUUCAUGCUAGCUACAGCUUGCCCGAAUGGCAGGCUGUAAAACUGACUUUCUUUGCAGCCUGACAAUGCACUCAAACAUUAAUGGAAGCCCACUUUAUCAAUAACAAAAAAGCUACAUGUUUACUCAUUCAUUGAAUGUGUAAUUAUGUAGCUCUUUUCAAUCAUUUUCCUGCUUGAUUUUUAAGUUUCAUGCCCCAUUGUGUAGGUAGAAUAAGUGUGGCAAUAAAAUUUAUGAAGUGUUGUAUAUCUGUCAUUAGGACACUUCUGAAAGUGAAGAACCAAAGAAGAAAAAGGCAAAAACACAACCGGAGACAGAGGCAAAAAAGAAGUCCUCACCAGCCAAAGAUUCCGUAGACAAGAAAAAAGAGGAGGAAAAAAACAAGAACAAAGACGAAAUAGAGAGAAAAAAGCAGGAAAAGCUACAAAAAUUAGCUGAGAAGAAGUAAGUGUGAUUUUCCUCACAAUACUCUUAAUGCCAUAGUGGUGUCGGACAAGCAAUGUUUCUCCUCAGUUAUCACUGCUCUGUCAAACAUAAGGGUUGCAAGAGUUGUAAGAUAUAUUUCAAAUUUCUUUGUUGUGUAAAAUCCUAAAAAUAAAUGCUACCUUACAAGAGUUCUGCCAAAAGGUCACUUUGGUCACAUGGUCACAAUCUAGGACUUGGUCCACUGUCUGAGUACCUUGUUCCCAUAUGUGUAGCUCUUAAGUAACUGCGAAGGGUUCUAGUUUUGACUGUAAACAUGUUAUUACAGUGACGGAUUGUUUCCCCUAUGAGUUAUUUCGCUAUUAAAAGAAUGUCCCGGUCACCUAGGUCUUAAGUCAUCCGCUAAAGAGAUGAAACAUGUGCUGCACAUGUAUAUACCUCAUUCUGUGAAAGGUUUGAACCUAGGAGUCAUUUCAAAAGUAGGUUGAGUUUGAUUGUCUAGAUGAAUGUAGUCCUGAAUAGGACUGUUGUUGUUGACAGUGACUCACGUUUCGACAUCCUCUGUGUUAGUCAUCUUCAGAGUCAAAGUGAGUUGUAUCACGUCAGUUGAUAGUAUUAUACUGGUUAUUGAUCUGAUUGGUCAAAUACGUCUUUCAGUCAUGACACAAAAAAGUGAAAUACACAUUGUUUAUACCUCAUUUUUGAGCCACUUACAAAACUACUACUGUUAGGUCUUUGGCAAAACGACAGUAAAUCGUUAUGACUGCUCAGAUCAAUUAUUACAUUGUGUUAAGUUUUGAUAUGUGUUUUUGUAAUUUAUCAGGGCAAUGUUAAAGGAAAAGAAGAAGAAAGAAAAACUUGAACAGCGAAAAGCUGAAAAGCAGGCUGCUGAGAAGGCUAGAAUGGAACAGAAAGAACAAGAGAAAGAACGAGAAAGACAGGAACGGGAAAAAGAAAAAGAAAAACUAAGGGUUAAACAAGAAAGAGAAAAAGAAAAGGCACGGGAAAGAGCCGAGCGAGAAAAACAGAGAGAAGCUGACAAAAAGGAGAGAGAAAGAAAAAAAUGUGAGUAUAUUUGCUGUUUAAAUAGCUGAUGUAGGCAAGAAAAGCACAUGAACUGGUACAUGUAAAUCAAGAAUAUUUUGGGUGCUUUAGCAGUUCCAAAAUGAACAUAAACAUGAAGCAUUUUCACAGAUUUUUGUGAAAAAGUACUUAAAAAGGACUGGCACAUGCAGUUUACAAAUUUGUGAAUUUUGUGAUUGGUCUGCUGUGCUGAUCCAUGACUAUCAGCGUAGUAAUUUAAUAUAAUAACCAAAUAUGUGUUUCACUCCCAACGGCACAGCAUCACAAUACAGUCCGACCUUCCUACACUGUUAAUCUGAUACCAAAUAAGGGAGAGAGCCAAGCCUGUGUAUUACAGGUCCUUAGUACAGAAUUGUAUGAAGUUUGGCAUGGUGACCAACAUCAAUUUUCUCCUAACAUUUUUCACACAUAUUCAAGAGAAAGGGUUAUAAGAAUUAAUAAAAUAAUCACCUAAGGGACAAUGCUUUGAUCCAUUAUCAAAUUCUCUCAACUAAUUCUUCAAGGAAAUACACAGAGAUUAGAAUCGAAAAUCUCUGUGUGGAUAAUUGGGACUUAAAGGCUUGAGGAUAUGUCUGAAAUGAAAGGUUUGGCUGUACUAAUUCAAUUACCAUUCAAAUGUUUUUGGGCUGUAUUUUGCCUUACUUAUACCAUAGUUGGUAGAGGAGACUGGUUAUGAAAGCCGGCAAACAUCAAAGUUGAAAACAAUGCUUCUGUAGUUUAUGUUGGAAGCUCCCUGACUGUGCACAAUCCUUUGUUUUUUGUUGACAACUUUGGACUGAAUAAGUUGAUGCCAUGUUUCUAUUGGUCGACAAGUUCAAAAUGAUAGGAAUGCUAUUGAAUGUUGUGCACAGUCAGGUCCAAAAAAGCUAACAAAAACCUAUAACAAAGGGUUUCCCAACGAUUUCACUUUAAUAACCAUGCUAUACUGUAUUCAUUUGUGCUUAAUGUUUUCUUUAGCCACACCGCCUACUGUGGAGGAAAUUUUGGACAAAAUGAAUUAUGAUCUUGUGAUGUCGCUUACUGUUGAGGCUCCUGUGAGUACAAUGAACAGAUGAACCAAUACCUUGGUUUUGGUUGUUCCCUCAGCAUUACUGAGGUCCUUAUCUGUUGUUUAAUUAAAGUGCCUACAUGUAUAAUGUAAAAAAGAGCACAUUACUUUAGAGCCUGUUUACAUGAAGGUGGGGGACCCCAGGUAGGUGAGGUAACAUGUGGCGGGUUACCCCACCUAACAUGUAAACGUGAUCACAUUAAAAUGAGAGAUUAUAUGGACAGGCGGGUUGCCCAACCUAAGGGGGUUACUACCUCACCUGUAUGGGGUACCCCACCUCCAUGUAAACAGGCCCUUACUCUAAAAACUCUAAAAUAUUUACAUAGAAAAUUACUUCGUGAAUGAUAAAAGAAACGCUAAGGCAAUAAAAAAUAAAUAUUUUAGAGUUUUUAGUCAGUAUCUCAUUAGCCUUUUCACUGUUGUAUAUAAGCACUUGCUAAGUUUUUACUUCUGAACUUGAAAAUGACCGUUGAACGGUCCAAACGUCUUUCUUUUUUAGCGUUAAUUUUUACAUUGCAAUCCGUUUUGAAAAAUUUGUUGAUUCGGAUUUUUAAAAGAAAAUUUACAAAACUGAUCUACCCACAAAUAGCGGGGCUACUCUAUGCGGGUAGAGCAAAACAGUGAAAGCCUAAAUAACUAAGGAAAUAAGUUAAUGAAAUAAAUCAAAUUACUAAGAGAUAGACCUGGAUAGAAACAAGGAAAAAUAGAAUAUAAAUUAAAAGUAGAGCUUUCCACUUACCUGAGUGUGCUACUUUUAAUUUGCCUCUAACCUGAAAAAAUAAUUGCUUCAGACUUAGCUUAUUAAGAUUAUUAAAAUAAAAUAACAUGUAUCAUGCAGUCAGUGAUAAAGAAGAGACCAUUGUCUGGAUUUGUUUCAGUCUGUAGUCUUUAAUUAUUUUAUUGAUUUCUUUUGUCCUAUAGGAUGUUCCAAAGUGCUUGAAAAUUAUUACUCAACUCUCUGAGAUGGAAAUCAACCCUGAUAUUAUAAAGAAAAACCCAGAUAUAGUUCAGACAAUCAAAAGGGUAAGUACUUCAGUCUUUUUAGCCUGAGUAUCAGGCGUUUCUGGGGAAAAGGGGAAAAAUGGAAGCGAAAAAGGAAGAGAGGCUCUAAAAUCUCCUCUCCCCUAGCCCCGUAGGAAGGCCUGAUACUCAGGCUAUUUUUUUCUGUAUGUUUGUUAAUUAUGGAUACCAGAUAUUACAGUGGGACACCCUUAAUUAGUAUUGUCUACAGCUGGACCAUGAAAAUUUGAUUGUGUUUACCAGAUGGUCACAAUCAACACUUUUUUCUGGGCCGCUCUCUAAAAUGUGGGGCGUUUUUUUUUGUUUGUUUUGCCUUCUUCCGUGAGAAAUGGUCUGCAAAGUGAAUGAAAAAAUAUCCUGAUCGUGGUUAGUUUUAUUUCUUCAAAAUUGAAGAAAGUCACUUUGGUUUGUCAAAUCAACAUAUUUUCUCUCUCAAGCUAUCCAGAAUCAGAUCUAUAUCUGUGAAUGGCUUGGAUUAAUAACCUGCUUUGUAACUGAUCAGUGAAUUGCUGACGUUCUUGUUGCUGUCGCUGUCGUCGAUGCUAAAGCUCACUAUUAUUUACGAAACCUUAUAAUCGGUCAGGAACAGAACUUUCUCGGUGCAAAUUGGAAUGGUCCUGCUGUGGGCGUCCGAAACGUUUCCCAGAAUCAUCGGUAGUUCCUUCGUUUCUGGUUAGGAAAGUAGAGAAUGAAAGUUUCCAUUGAUCUCACAACCUUGGUGAACGAACCGGAUAAGUAUGACGAGACAAUAGCUGUCGUGUACGAACACACGAAAAGAAGUCAGGAGAUGCUGUUUGCCGAUUGGGCACAAUUAUACAAAGCAAUUUUUGUGCACAAUUAACCGAUUGGAAGUGGUGCACUGAGAGUCGGUAUCCAGGGGCUCUUCCGUCCGUGCUUGAAAACUCUCAUCGCGCCUUUUCUCCCGACCCGACUGACUUCCCCUGACUGUCGAUCCCCGAGGAUGUAUGGACCGCACUUGACAAAAAUUCGUGGGUCUGCCCCCGCAGUUAUUUAUUCAAUUUUGUUUUAUGAAGAUAAUGUUUGAAGAUUGAGUUUAUGGAUUAUGUAACUCUGUAAUGUUUUUGCAGAGAAACGAUAAACCUUCAACUUUUGUAUGCCUUAUUGCCAUAGGUUCUUAUACUUGUUUGUUGUUUUUCCUUUUUCUAGAUACGAAAUUAUAAGCAGAAUUCUAAAGUGCGAGAAAAGGCCAGUCAGCUUUACACACAGUUCAAAUCUUUAUUUAAAGUCACAGGCUCAGGUAAUAUUAAAGUUUUCAUGUCAAGAGCUAAGUAGCACAGGCUAUCCAGCCAGAUGCCUUGUUUGCGUACAUCUGAAAUACAUGUUUACUUGAUCCUAUUUAACGGUGACUUUUAGAAACUUCAAUGUAAUGUUGUUCUAAGGCCCGGCCGUUCAAGCAUCAAACUUCACGUGUUGAUCUCCAAAAGAAGAGAGAAAGAGAAAGCUGAAAUACGCCUCCUUGCCAUAAACUAGCAUUUUCUUGUAGCUUUAGAAUUGAGUUAUAGAGACCUUUAGACUCUAAGACGAGUACGACGACGAGAAAAUCAAGUAGUGCUCGCCCAUGAACCACAGUCAUUAGGGAUUUAGACGUUCUCGCUGCAGUCAGAAGAUAUUGGCUUUGAUUUGAUGCGAGGCAGCUUUUCUACUAACUGACUUUUAAGUCUGUUCAGCAGCUGAUUUUAAUGUACUUUGUAGCUGCUUGUUCUCCCAACACCUCAUAAUUUUUAGCUUUCUUUUAUGCACAAGAUUUCCACCCGGAUAUUUGUGUUAAAUGGUAAGCACAAAAGGCUGUCAUGAGUCCGUUGUCCACCCCGGGGCUCACCCUUUCAUCCUUUGGAAGUGAAGGAGAACUGAACCAUCCACUGGUUGAUAGUCUUCACUACUACAUGAUGGCUCUCUCAUUCUCUCCGUGUUAAUUUUUUCCUUUCGUCGUGCUUUUUCGAGUUUCUAUUAAAUUCUAGUAUCAUUUCUUAAAAGGGCUUUGACACGAGUAUAUUACAGCUGUUUUGGGUCAGUUCUGUGUUUGGGUCAUCACCUAGAGCCUUUACCCGUAUAAAAAUACGACGCUAAAAAUAGGAAGAUAAUAAACAAACUUCAUCAGGGAACACUGACCAUAGCGUAAUUUUGGGUGAUGUUUGCAGACAUAGCUUGAAAAAAGUUUCAAUCCACGCCCAUCCUUGCCAUCCUUUGCAAAAGACGACAGGAAACAGUUUCAAUGCCUAAAUAUAGUCUUCAAUAGCAAAACUUGAUGCGUAGACAAGUUUUACCUUUUUAAAAAGAUAACAACUAAGGUGACAUAGCCUCUUUAAGUUUUUGGUUGAUCACGUUAUCGUCUCGCGUGAUGAGAGCAUUCGCCUCCCACCAAUGUGGCGUGGGUCAACACCAUAUGUGGGUUGAGUUUGUUGUUGGUUCUCUCCUUUGCUCCGAAAUGUUUUUCUCCGGGUACCCCGGUUUUCUCCUCUCCUCUAAAACCAACUCUUCCAAUUUCCAAUUCAAUCUGGAACGCACGGACACGUUUCAACGAAUUCUUCAGAAUUUUAAGCGCUUCGUAAGUAAACAAAUUAGUAUAGGUAAUAGCAUGAUUUGUAGUGAUAUUUGUCAUAAAUACCACGAGUGAUAUUUCGAAAUUGUUAUACGUAAUUUCACGAACCGUUAGGCGAGUGAAAUUUUAGACAAUUUUGAAAUAUCACAAGUGGUAUUUAUGCCAAUUAUCACUACAAAUCACGCCAUUUUUUGUUUAUUCCACUACGCGAAAAGGUUUGUAAUUUUCACAUGCAGGUAUUUUAAAUUAAACUGAAAUACCACUGCUCUAAGCUAAUCAAAUUGCGGAAAUUUCUCAUGUAGUAGCAUAACAAUUGAAAUUACAAACUCUUUGUCAUAUAACCACGUUUGUUAUAGAAUCGGCUGCGGACCAGUUACUAUCCACUCCUUCAAGUGACCCAAGUUCAUCUCUUAAUACGACGACAUCUGCGGAAGGUAAUGAACGAACCGAGCCUGAAGCGGUGAAAGAUUCACAAGCACAAGUGUCUGUUAAGUCAGAAGAAAACACUCAACCUCACCCCACCCCCACUGAGAAUGGGAGUGAACAUCAUGUAUCCUCUGUAGGUGGGUGUUAGUAGUUACAUGUAUUUUUCGAUCCAGGUUCCUCACCCUUUCGUAUGAUGUGAAUUACAGUCAAACCUGUAUUAAGCGUUGCCUAGUCCCAAGGCCUUAUUAUUCCGCGCGGUCAGUGCGUUUCGGGUCACGCAAUCCGAUCGAAGACGCCUCGCGUUCUCCUCAGAUACGUCACCGAAAUGCAUUGGCCGAGAAGGCCUUGGGAAAAGCUGUACAGGGACAAGGCAAUAUUAAGUGGUUACCCUUGGGGAAUGGCUUACUGGCCACUUACAUUGUACUACAGGUUUGAUAAACCUAGAAGCUAUUCAAAAAAAUGAAGAUGGUAAAAGAGCGAAAUAUCUAUUCCACGAGAAAUUUUCCUCAAAGGAUGACAAUGAAAAAAUAGGACUUCCGAAAAGUUGACCGCGACCGCUUAGUACAGUGGAACUUCGCCUUAAGACCACACCCCGUGGUCGCGUUAACGUGGUUCCACUGUAUAGUUCAGUUUGACAUUAAUACAGUGGACCCCCGUUAAUGCGUUACCGUUGGGCAAUAAAAUUCUGGUCGUAAUAACGGUGGUCACAUUAACAGGGUCCUCACAAAAAUAAAAUGACUCAGUGAUUCUUACGUUUGGGUCGAAAGAAUAUUGUCGUAAUAACGAGGUGGUCGUAUAAAAGGCUUGGUCGUAAGGCGGGUUCCACUGUAAAUCGAAAUGAUUUUCAGGGACUUUGGUAAAUGAGCGCUUAACAGAGGGUGACUGCUUAAUAGAGGUUAGGUAAAUGCUAGUUUUACUGUAGGCAGAUCUCGGAUGGUCACAAUCCUGAUAAGCUGGUAGCAGUCUAAAGUGGCGUUGGGUAGAUUAUUUUCUUAGUCACUUACGUUUGUUUUUGGACAACCUGUUUGUCUCAAAAUAUGACUUUUUCGUUUACAGAACCAAAAGUUGAAGACCAAGAAAACAGAACGAAGGAAUGUAUACCAGAGGAAAAAAGACCAGAAUUGGAUACAACCGUGGAUAAUCUAACACCAGAACCAAUGGAAAUACAAAACGACACAACUGAAAACUUAUCGCCCUGUGAUAUGGACAUAUCAAGCCCAGAUUAAGAGUCCUUGCCUUUAACAUUCAAGAGCCGGUUCCCAUAUAAGAAUGCAAGAAAUCUGCCAAUUUUUAUUGUUGGUAACAUAUUGACAAACAUGUGACAGUACUGCUGACGAAGUGUCAUAUAAGCUGACGCAACAUGGGAUUUCCAUUACGUACUCAACAGUAUACCGACUCUGGGAAUGCAAGUUUCAAGGACAGAUGUACAGUACGUGUAGCUUAGGAUAGCUUACGAAUUCAGCCAUCACUCGUCGCUCCUGUCCGAAAGGGAGGUUUGCGGGAGAAACGAAACGUCGAAAAGUCCAUGGCACUGAGGAGUAACUAGAGGACUGUAUUCGCAGGCUAAGUCUAGGUCGGGUGUCUCCUUUCUCCAAGGGGUCUACCAAUCUCACCUCUCCCGCGAGAUAGGUGUGCCGCGCGCGAGAAUCUCUUUUCGCGCCGACUUGUGAAAUGAAUGAUUGCCCAGUUUAGAUAACGUAAACAUGACAGUGUUUUUAAAAAUCCUGAACAGUUGUUUUCAUGUCAGCUUUUAGAAACAGUUUGACAACAUGUUUGUCUUUGCGUCAUAAGUAAGUCGCGUCGUAUUGUCUGUUGCAUUUCACCCUUUCGCGAGCUUUAUGUAACAUAAAAAUCAUCUGUUGUAUUUUUUAAGGAGUUACUUUGUGGAACUGAGCGCCUCUGAAGUCAUGCAAUUAAACCUCGUAUUAGUGUCACUUUUUCUACGUAGCAUCUUUACUAACUGUUGUAUCGGUUUAAAAAACCAAGUAGUGUCUGUAAGCCCGGUAUGACCAAUCGAUAAAAACCGAUAUCGGAAAACCGUUCGAUAAAUCGAUAUCAAUCGAUAAUUUUUAAUUAAUCGAUAUCGAUUUUAUCGAUCAAUCGAUAGAAAUCGAUACUCACAGUCUUCCGCGUAUUUAACGAUAUCGAUUUUAUCGAGUAAUCGAUGUUAACGGAGUAUCAAAAACCAUACAAAAUAAAACUGCUUCUAUGUGGACAGCGUUUUAAUUUAAUAUAAAACAAUGAACAGAAACAUUAAGCAACCAAGGAUUUAUUUAUUUAUUACAACUACGCAGCUUCGUACUUCGUAGUACAUGUAUUUGUAGGAUGUCAUUACGACAUUUAGCUUGAACAGUUUCUGAGUAAAUACAAAAAGCGGUUAUGUUAUGUUGCGUUUCCCCGUUGAAUCAUGCCAGGGAAUCGUGUUAAUAUUAUUUGAUUAUCAGUAUUCAUUCAAUUAUCGAUUUGUUAAAUAAAUCUUUAAAUUCGUCCUACUUGAUUCAUUGAAUCGUAAGAGUGUUUUUAUGGAAGAUUUGAUACAUUUUAGAAAUUCGAUAAAAUCGAUAACAUUAAUUUAAAAAUCGAUAAUUAUCGAUUACUCA